AUGGAGCAACCCAAGCCCUCGACCGCGCUGUUCGAUGUCUUUCUGAGACUCCGCCCUUCCACUGCCGUCGACAAGGAGCGAUUUCUGGACGUCGAGCCCGGUGGCCUCUCAGCCCCAACCCAUAUCACGAUCAAGCCUCCGACUGGCGAUACAAGAAAGAGAGCAAUUGAGAGAUUCGCAUUUACGAGAGUGUUUGAGGAGAAUGCUGGACAGCGCGAACUAUUCGAGACCACGGGAGCCGUGGAGCUCAUUCAAGGCGUAUUGGGAGCACCUGGCAGAGAGGGUCGUGAUGGAUUACUGGCGACUUUGGGUGUGACAGGAUCGGGCAAGAGCCACACCAUUCUCGGAUCCCGAUCACAGCGAGGACUGACGCAACUGACGCUCGACCUCCUCUUCACCCAUACCGAGCCUCAUCUCGUGGACGCCGACUCGAGCGAGGCCAUCUUUUCUUCGCUAUGUCACGCAGACGUAUCUGAGUCCCAGCUGUGCUCUGCGACGCACUUCCUCGAUGGCGCAUUCGACGGAAACACUACCAAUUCCCGCAUGUCGCGCGCCCCCACGCCGGCCAUGCAUCAACGCUCCUCUCAUGCUCAGAUUUCUCCUUCAAGAUCUCCUUUUUCUCAACUUUCUCGUGGACUCUCCAAGCUCACCUCUUCUUUGCAGGAGUCGUCCUUCAUGUCUGCACCGGCCUCGAAGCGUUACCUCCCUCGCAUCUCCACCCUACCGCAAUCGCCAUCGAUCAACGAUAUUUCCAUCGAUAUCGACGACAACGCCGAGUACGCGAUUGUUGUUAGCAUGUACGAGGUGUACAACGAUCGAAUCUUCGAUCUUCUCACACCAUCAAUGGGCGCAAAAUCAACCCAAAAACGUCGUGCUCUGCUCUUCAAGAGUACCGAGGGGUCUCCCGACAGGAAGGUGGUGGCUGGACUGAGGAAGGUGGUGUGCUCGAGUUUAGACGAUGCUUUGUUGGUUUUGGAGACUGGCCUACAAGAGCGGAAGGUCGCUGGAACAGGGAGCAAUGCCGCCAGCUCACGUAGUCAUGGAUUCUUCUGCGUUGAUGUCAAGAAGCGACAUCGGGGAAGGGGCGUGCCUGGGCCAUGGUCCAGCAGCACCAUGACCAUUGUCGAUCUUGCUGGUUCUGAACGAGCACGUGCCGCAAAGACAGCCGGUGCCACACUGGCAGAAGCUGGCAAAAUCAACGAAUCACUCAUGUACCUUGGCCAAUGCAUGCAGAUGCAAUCGGACAAUGCACACGCCACAACACCAAACCUCGCCAUUAUGGUCGUCACUGCCGACCCGCUCGGCGACUUCAAUGCUACAAGUCAGAUCCUCCGAUACAGUGCAUUAGCUCGCGAAGUUACAGUGCCUCGGAUCCCAAGCGUGACCUCGACAAUAUUGUCUGGGACGACCUUUAAUGCAGCUCGACCAGGCACUGCAUCGAGUGGACGCACAACACCCAGUGCCGUUGUCGAAGAACUUGAAGCCGCCCUCGCAGAACUCGAACGCCUGAGGGCAGAUCUCGAAGUGACACAGCUACGCCUGGAAGAGGAGACACAGCGACGGAUCGAAGCGGAGGCAUCUUGGACCACAGCAGAGAUGCGUAUCGAGGACGUCGAAGCUGAGAUCCGACAGGAGGUAUUUGCCGAGAUGGAGAGCCAAAUGGCCCGAGAGCAACGAAGAUGGCGUGCUGCCAGGGAUGAGGAACAAGAUCUCAACGAUGCUCACAUCGAUCGGAAAUUGGAGAUCAUGGCAAGAGGUAUUCAGGUGGAGGUCUUUGAGGAUGCUGAGGAUGAGAAAGAGAAUGCGCUGCCGUCCGACGUCGGAACGAAGUCUGGGAAGAACGAUCAGAGACUAGAGGACUUGGAGGAUGAGAAUCAGAGACUCAGAGAGAGAUUGGCGUUGGCGGAGAGGGAGCAAGGGCUGAGAAGUCCGAGCAAGAAGAUGAGAGUUCUCAAGACAAGAAAGUGGGAUGGCAGUGGCAUGGGCCUUGACGAUUUGUGA